AUGCAGCCCCAAAAAGCGACCGUACGGCCCAUCCAGCGCUUCGCUUCUGCCGUGUCCAAGUGCUCUGCCGAGUCCGCCGCCUAUGGCAAAUGCAUCCUAGCAGACUACAACUCCGUGCACAAAGACCUGUGCGCCAAAGAGUUCAUGCGGUUGAAGGAUUGUUACUCGCUGGCCGCCAAGAAAGCAUAG